CGAGUUUGACACCCCUGUUCUAAGGCAAUGAAGCAAACAAGCCAUUGUGGUUUGUUGACUCUAUCAUAUCAAUUGCCAGACUUCUAAUGUGGGCCUUGAUGUUUUUAAGGUGGGUAGAACAAGACCCAAAGGAAAUACUGCAAUCUGUCUAUGAAUGUGUUGAAAGAACAUGUGAGAAAUUGAACCAGCUGAAUAUAGACAUUUCCAACAUAAAAGCUGUUGGAGUUAGCAAUCAGAGAGAGACAACUGUAGUUUGGGACAAAGAAACUGGAGAACCUCUGUAUAAUGCUAUUGUAUGGCUUGACCUAAGAACUCAAUCUACUGUUGAAAGACUUCUUAAAAGGAUUCCAGGGAAGAAUAAAUCCUUUUUUAAGAGUAGGACUGGUCUCCCUCUUAGCACAUAUUUCAGUGCUGUGAAGCUACGCUGGCUUUUGGACAAUGUGAAAGAGAUCAGGCAAGCAGUUCUUGAAGGGAGAGCUCUUUUUGGUACUGUUGAUUCAUGGUUAAUAUGGUGUUUGACUGGUGGAAAAAAUGGAGGUAUUCAUUGCACUGACGUAACCAAUGCCAGUAGGACAAUGUUGUUUAACAUUCAUUCAUUAGAGUGGGAUGAUGAGCUUUGCAAUUUUUUUGAAAUUCCAAUGGAAAUGCUUCCCAAAGUGCGAAGUUCUUCAGAAAUCUAUGGAUUACUGAAAAUCUCUCCUACCCUGAGUUCUGGAGCUUUGACUGGUGUGCCAAUUUCUGGGUGUUUAGGUGAUCAGUCUGCUGCACUAGUAGGACAAAUGUGCUUCAAGGAUGGCCAAGCAAAGAAUACGUAUGGAACAGGCUGCUUCUUACUCUGCAAUACAGGCCAUAAGCCUGCAUUCUCUGAGCACGGUCUCUUAACCACUGUGGCUUACAAAUUGGGCAGAGACAAGGAUGUCUGUUACGCAUUAGAAGGCUCUGUUGCUAUUGCAGGAGCUGUUGUUCGUUGGUUGAGGGACAAUCUUGGUAUUGCAAAAUCUUCAGAAGAAGUAGAGAAACUUGCUGCCGAAGUAGGCACAUCUUAUGGCUGCUACUUUGUUCCUGCAUUUUCAGGAUUAUAUGCACCAUACUGGGAACCCAGUGCAAGGGG